AUUACGAAUAGCAAUGCAUGAAGCAAAAUUGUAGAGGAACAGAACAAUUUCUUUUGAUCUCAAGUCGCAACUUCCAUUGAAAACCUGCUAAAAGGACAAGUGAACAACCGUCUGACAAUCACAUUUGUGGCUUUCAAAUUUCCGUAAAGCAUUCAACCUUUUUCGCAAUCGAUCGAAUAGCCGUAUCAAGAAGAAAUUCACAUGAACUCCGAAGUCCGAACCCGAAGCCAAAAUCGACUAUCCGAAAUCCACCCACUUUCAUACUCCCAAUUUACAGCCGUUAAACAUGAACAUUCGAAAGGUGGAAUACUAUUUUUAUCAUUUACAUCGAAUAUUUGCCCCUUUCGGCAUAACGAAUCGUUGAUUUGAGGAUCGGUGGCUGGAAACUCAGUGUCGUGAGUGCCGAAUCUUCUCCUAUCCGCGGGAAAGCUUUUCAGCACUUUCCGUUGCUUAUAAGUAUCGAGCAGCCGCAGUAGGUAAGCUUAAGCUGCGACUGGGCUUUCUCUUGGGGUUAGGAAGCAGGACAUUGUUCUCUGAAAACACUUUGUUGAAUCCAUCAAAAUUAUGGGUGGUUAUAAUAGCAAUGUAUCGACUGAAAAUUCACAGCAGAAUGACCCAUUUGUCGUGAUACGCAAUGGAAAAGAGAUCAUCUUACAGGCCUUCAAUUGGGAAUCCCACAAGUAUGACUGGUGGAGGAAUUUAGAUCGAAAAGUUUUUGAUAUUUCAAAAUCUGGCUUUACAAGUGCAUGGUUACCUCCAGCUACUCAUUCAUUUUCACCAGAAGGUUACCUACCACAAAAUCUCUACAAUCUCAAUUCUGCAUAUGGUUCAGAACACCUCUUAAAAGCUCUACUUUAUAAGAUGAAACAGUACAAAGUUAGACCAAUGGCUGACAUAGUCAUUAAUCAUCGUGUUGGGACUACUCAAGGGAAUGGUGGAAGGUAUAACCGCUACGAUGGAAUUCCAUUGUCUUGGGAUGAGCGUGCUGUUACAUGCUGUAGUGGUGGGCUGGGAAACAGAAGCACUGGAGACAAUUUUCAUGGUGUACCUAAUAUUGAUCAUACGCAAAAUUUCGUGAGAAAAGACAUUGUUGGCUGGUUGCGGUGGCUAAGAUACACUGUUGGCUUUGAAGAUUUUCGUUUUGAUUUUGCCAAAGGCUAUGCUCCAAAGUACGUGAAGGAAUAUAUCGACGGAGCAAAACCAAUAUUUUCCGUCGGUGAAUAUUGGGAUACAUGCAACUAUAGAGGCACCUAUUUGGAUUACAACCAAGAUAGUCAUAGACAAAGGAUCAUUAACUGGAUUGACGGAGCAGGGCAGCUUUCAGCAGCAUUUGAUUUCACAACCAAGGCGAUCCUACAGGAAGCUGUGAAAGGGCAAUUCUGGCGCUUGCGAGAUUCUCAAGGGAAGCCGCCAGGAGUUAUGGGGUGGUGGCCUUCAAGGGCUGUCACAUUUAUUGACAAUCAUGACACUGGAUCCACACAGAAUCACUGGCCUUUCCCUUCCUAUCAUAUUAUGGAGGGCUAUGCAUAUAUACUCACUCAUCCCGGGAUUCCUGCGGUUUUUUACGAUCAUUUCUACGACUGGGGAAAUUCAAUUCACGACGAAAUCGUGAAGCUGAUAGAAAUCCGACGCAAUCAAGGGAUAAACAGCCGUUCAUCCAUAAGAAUUCUGGAGGCUCAGCCCAACCUAUAUGCUGCAAUAAUUGAUGAAAAGAUUUGCAUGAAGAUAGGGGAUGGGUCAUGGUGCCCGGCUGGGCCGGAGUGGACUCUUGCAACUAGUGGCUGCCGGUAUGCUAUAUGGCACAAGUAACAAUCUCGUUCCGGGAUUGAGAGCUCCAUCCUCUAAAGGGUUAUGGGAGGAGGAAGUUGUCAGUCCAUUACACAGAAGUAUUAUUAGGGAUGAGAUGGUGUGCACUAGAGCAUUUUCAAUACAAAAUUGUAAACCGUUUACUUGUGGUUUACCAAAAUUUUUAAAGAGACCAUAUGGACUCUUAUAGAGCCAUAUGGGGUAUUGUGGCACCAUAAUCACCACCCAUUUUUUGACCCCACUAAAAAAUGGGUGGUCAUUAUGAUGUCACAAUACCCCAUAUGACUCCAUAAUGGAGUCAUAUGGGUCUCCAUAAAUCUACUAUGUGAUUUACUGCAUGAGACAUGUAUAGUUGUAUACAUAAAAUUUAAUAAAUACAGAAUAGAAUUUCUCUUUACUUUCACAGUUU